AUGGUUCGACCAAAAUGGUGGAUUUUGUAUGCGAUACAGCGCACGAUGUCGGUUCCCGUGAUGAAGUACAAGUUGUUCCAGUACACACAAGACACGAACCCCUCUUCCUUGUUGAGAAAGUAUCUUCUGAUGACCUGGUUCUCAUGCCAAUUGACAGGUGCCGUGGCUAAGAAGAACUUAAGAUCAUCGAUUAAUCUCAAUGACGCCUCAACGGAGUUCACUGUUUGGUCUGAAGGGUUGUUUGACUUGUAUGACGAGGGCACUUCAUCUAAAACGACCUCAUUCCCCGUCUCUGCCAUGUCCAGUGAAUGUGAUUUAGUGUUGUGA